AUGAAGCAAGUUCAGCUGGAAGGCUGGCAUCUCGCCAACUUGCACGUGCUGCAAUGUUUGAAAGAGAGAGACGACGUUCCCGAGUUGGAGCAGAUGUUCUUUUAUCGAUGCUGUGUUGCCACGCUUGGCAACAUCGAGAAGCGAGAUCGCCUCAAGAAGAUGACAAACUACGAGACCUUCCACAAGACUUGUCAAUUGUACUGGGCAGGACGAGAACGUAUGUCGUCAUAUGAACCUGAAUUCAUCGUAAACGCAACGCCUAUGAUCAACGAGAUGGCGAAGCUGAUGUAA